UGUGUGUGUGUGUGUGUGUGUGUGUGCGCGUGUGUGUGGACUUUCCCCUGGCGUGGGGAGGGGCUUGUUGGUGUCUUUAUAAUUCAGAGCUGCUGUACCGUUACUAACAGAGAGAGCAGCGACUGACAGAUCAGGGUAUCUGUUCCCGUUUCUCUGCCUGGAUAAGGAUGCGGACCCGGUCAAACUCCACGGAGCCAGAGGGCGUCAGGCUCAACUUUCUCCCCGGCCACGCUGCGAGAUCCGCGGGAGGAGGCUGGUUUAACGGGAAAUUCCUGAGGUUAUUCAGAAGCCCCAGAGGUCAGGACAGCGUCAACAUCACCUCCAUCACCGAUGGACACAUCUCACCCAGCAGGGACGAGGAACCCCAAAACGUGAUCCUCACAUUUGCGCAAACCCUUGAGGAACAGAACUUGAGUGAAGCCAGCCAGAUGCUGAUAGAGAGAGAGGAGCGUCUUUUUUGGGAGGAGACGGAGGCCGAGGGGCUUCCAGGUCAUGAGGAAGAAGUGAACGACCUUGCCGCAGACCGUAAAGUCCUGGAACGCCACAUCCUGCGGACUCUAAUGCAGAGUUUGUCUAGAGGGACCAGCACCGACGCUCUGAUGUCUGCUGUGAAGGCCGUCUACCAGGAGGACCAGCAGGACCAACUGUGGAAGCAAAGGGAUCGGACACAACCUGACUUCAGGCCCUGCGGCUGGAAGAAGCUCCACGACGAAACUCUCCGCAGCUUGGUAAAGGAUCGCAUGGACAACCUCUCGACCACCCCUGCUCACGGAGUAGAGCAGCCGUCUAUCGAGGCUCACAUCUGCAGCAUGGGCAGGCAGCUGAUGGAGGACCUGCCGUUGGUGGUGGAUGUGGGGAAGACUUGCUACCCACCAGAGUCCGGCAUAUUUGAUUUUUACGCCAGGCUGUACCACCAAACCUUCAGCUCCAGACUCAGAGAGAUCGCAGACUUUGGACUGGAGGACAAGGACUGCACUUACCUCCUGCUCUGGGUGAACGAAUAUUAUCCAGGACUCCUUCAAAAGCCGGAGCUAGUCAGUAGUAUCAACGCUGAAGCACUGGGAAAGCUGCUGCCCAAAGAAUUGCUGGAACCUCUGGAGGAACAGUACCUGAACAAUAAACAGGGUGAGCUGACGACUUACAUCAGCCGCGUUCUGGACGAAGCAAAUCAAAUGUGGGACAACGGAGAGGAGCCAACAAAAGAGGACGGCUACUACGUCAGUCCUGUGGCCUACGACAUCAUCCAGUUUAUCAAUGGUAUGGUGAGUUCAGCUGCAAAGGUGGUGGGAGACCUGAACAAGGCCCAGAGCAUCACAUGCAAACUCAAUGGUUUAAUGCACAGCUUCAAGAUCUUCCAGGACAAAGUCGUGAAGCAGAACAGACCGAACAGUAAAGCGAUCAUCAAGGCGAACCUCGGCUGCAUCCAACAGUUCAGGGACGUCCUCCAAAAGAACGGCCAUCUGUUCCGAGAGGAUGUGCGGCAAGACUGUUUGCAUGUUCUGACUGACAUGAGAGAAUCUGCCCACUCGUAUUUGUUGAGCCCCGUGCACGAGGCCCUCAAGCGUCAAUACCGAAAGCUGGGGACCAGCGAGUGGCUGAAGAAGCCUCUGUUUGAAGAGCUGCUGGUCAACAUUCAGACGGAGGCGGAGGAACUUCAGGGUGCAAAGGAAUCCUGUCACCAGGAGCUGAUUUGCCAGUUUCAUGAGGAGGUGACGGUAGAAUAUGUGAGGAGGCUCCUGAAAGGAGAAGUGAAGCUGAGGGGCAAGGAACAGCAGAGCGAGGCCUACGCGACCGUGAUGGACAACGCAGAGAGUUUGCACAAGUUAUUCGCCGAAAUGGGCUCGAAGGAGGACUGGCUGAGGGAUAUCCUGACCAACAUUGCCGAAGUGCUGAAACUCCAAGAGCUUCCUGCCAUACAGACGGAAGUAUUUUCACUGGGAAGUGCCUUUCCUGACCUGAGUGAAAAGCACCUUUCGGCUCUGCUCAAGCUCAAGGCGAACCUCUCCAAAGGCGACAGGAGAACAGUCAAAGAGACCCUGUCGGACGCUUUGAGAGAAACCAGCGGCGACGGCUCCCGGCCGUUUUUCUCCAAAGUUCAGGUCAAAACAUGUUUUAUUUUGUUCAAGAGAUGAGUCGCACAGAUUAAUGUGCGCCGGCGCUUGUGUGUUAGGUUUGUGAAAGUACGACGAACAAACUGUAGCAGAGACAGACAAAGACUGGGUCCAGACUGAUUCAACUAUGACAGUGUUAGGGAAAGUAUUAAAGGGGGAAAAAACAUCUUAACAUCUUGUUUAAUCUGUUCCAAAGAAAUAGCUUCUUUUGUGUUGGAGGAGCUGGCUAGACUUGAAAUAUGACUUUCUUGUAAUAGUAUGACUCACUUCUCAGAUAUGAUCUCCAGUUUUUCUUCUAUAUGUCCGUAAUACUCUGUCGUAAGAAAGUGAUGAGAUGAGUGUAGUUAGUGUAUAAAUGUAUAAGCUAAAGUUGACAUACAUGGUGCUUUUUCACGUCAAGAAAGAAUCAUGUCAGGUUUGUGUAUGUGUGUUAUAGAGAGCAAAUGUGUCUUCCCUCGAUGAUUUAUAUUUUAUUAUUUCCUGCCGUACUCGUGCAAUAGAGGGAGCAUUAAAGCCUUAUAUUUUUUACAUGCUUUUUGUUUACAUUAUCUGAUAAAGAGAAUAUACGUAUGGUGUAAGAUAAUUUAUAUUUUUCUAAAUAAAUUUGGUGAAACAUC